GAGACAGGUGCAGUGUGGGACACAUAUGGGUAUCCAAAUCAAUGUGAUAGAUUGUUCAAUGAGAUGAUCGUAAAAAGCAGAAAGAAUAGCAAGAGUUUUGGUUUGGCAGUUGGUAAAAUUAUUGAUGAGAAGAUAAAAUUGGGAAG